GAAAAAAAUACAUCUCCAGAUUCACAUGGGCAUACAUUACAUAGUAUGGAGAAGCAAUACUACAAGCCACAGCUUCAUACUACUUGUCAAACAUUGAGAGCCCACCGAUACUGAAUACUGGUUGUUGGGGUGGGAUUGGUGUGAGGGUCCAUGGCUGUUUUUUUUAUAUUUUGGGGGGAUUCCUUCGUGUCUUACUCAUUGGUAGGAAGAUGUUUGGUCCAAAUCAGACAUUGGGUACUAUAUUCAUUGAAUAUUAUCUGAAUCCUAUAAAUUAAAAUGGUCAAUUUGAGUGUAAUCAAUUAGCAUAAUUUCACAUUUCAAAUUAUAUUUAAACAAAAUCAAGCUUCAGGAAUGCUAAUCCUAUCUGUUACUAACUACAGAAAUGAUUUCCGAACAAUCUGAGAUUGCAGGGGUCGAAAUCCUAUUUUUUGUGUUUUUUUGAGGUGGAACAACCCGUGUAUUAUUGAAUAUAAGGAAUUUUUGUUGGGCGAUCCACUAUCAAGAUGCUUAUCAAUUAAUGGGCCAUUGGCUCCAGCACAUGACAGGUUGGGUUCGAUUUGACCCUGGGAAAUUCCAUGGUAACAGAAUUAUGCUGAGACUCAUUUAUCACUUUGAAUUGUAUACCAAACAAAAACAAUUGAUUUGAAAGUUUAACAAACCACAUAACUAUGCACAAGGACUACUUUUAACAAUUUCCACAGAAUAAAAUUCGAGGGAGAUUUUAUAGCAGAUCUGUUACCAAAGUUUUAAUAUCUGCAGUUUUCCCAGUAAAAUAUGUUUUUACUAAGUAAAUUGUUCGAAGUAAUAAUUUAUUUAUUGGCAUGACGAUCCGCAAAUGUGUUCCUCAGUGCGCGCGCAAUAUUUGCUAACAAACAACCAAGACAAAAGGAAGAGUCUCCUAGCUAGAGCAUUAUGGCCGCUUCUCCUUCAUCCUGCGACCAUCAAGAGGACUGGGGCGAAGAGAUGAUGGAGUUGAACAAGGAUUUAGAGAGAAUGAUUGAAGACGUGGAAAAUAUAUCAGUACAGCUGACGUGGAUGGCCUAUGACAUGGUGGUGCAGCGAACCAGUCCUGAUCUGGGGGACUCCAUUCGUCGGCUGGAGGAAGAGUUUCUCCGCUGCAGGGCUGUCAUCUGUGGCUCCCCUGGGGAACAAGAGCCGAACCAGGGGCAAGGAAAUGACCAGGGGAUGGGAUAGGAACUGGGACAGGGGCAGGGAAAGGACCAGAGGAUGGGAUAGGAACUGGGACAGAGGCUGAACCAGGGGCAGGGAAAGGACCAGGAGAUGGGAUAGGAACUGGGAUGGGCUGAACCAGGAGCAGGGAAAGGACCAAGGGAUGGGACAGGGUCAGGGAAAGGACCAGGGGAUGGGAUAGGAACUGGGACAGGGUCAGGGAAAGGACCAGGGGAUGGGACAGGGUCAGGGAAAGGACCAGGGGAUGGGAUAGGAACUGGGACAGGGUCAGGGAAAGGACCAGGGGAUGGGAUAGGAACUGGGACAGGGGAUGGGAUAGGAACUGGGACAGGGGCUGAACCAGGGGCAGGGAAAGGACCAGGGGAUGGGAUAGGAACUGGGACAGGGGCUGAACCAAGUUAUGUGGAUGAAGUGUCCUAGACCUGUACAUACCACCGCCAUCCCACUGACAGAUGUGAUUGGCCGUGAUUCACCAGGAAUAUCUGAUGUUCUGAAAUGGACCUGAAUCCAAAGAUAGUAGCCUGCGUCCUGUCCUGUAUGCUUGUCUACAAUGUUGUUGCAGUUAUAUGUAGACUAGUCUCAUCUCUAGCAGCAACCACUGCCCCACACUGCAUGCUGUCUAAGCUGAGCAGCAGGCUGUUGUAUGGUGCUGUUGUAUGUAGGUUAUUGUUGUGUGUUAUGUACCUUUGGACAGGGUGUUCAAUUAGCUUUAGUGUUGUGUUCUGAAUUUGUGGUUUGGUUAAGUAAUAAGAUAAAUUUGAAUAGCGAAUAUUGACUGUCAGCUUGUUUAUUGGGAUGCCAAAAGGAGUUGGUAAAAUGUGCAUACACGUGUUGACAUUCUACAUAUUGAUAGUCACAUCCUAGUCGUACCACCAGCAGUCACGGUACUGUAGAGUUGUACAUUUCUAAAGCCUUUAUCUCAUUCUUCAUGUACGCUGAACAAAAUUAUAUAAA